AUGAUUCCAUCUCUGCAGAGUUUCAGCUUCUCCUCUGGGUUACUCUUCAUGUCAGUGUCUGUGUGUUUCAGUAAGCUGGUUUGUAAAGAAAGCCAAAGCGGUCCAAGCUACGAGUCGGUGCAGGCUGUGUUUGACCUCCAGCCCUUUAGGCCAGUAGUGAACCUGAGCAGCCCCACCAUCACCAACCUCUCCUUCACCCUGUACGCCGUCCUCGGGGUGAAUGAAAAAGCUCAGAUACUUACUACCUUCUUGUGGCUGAGGCUGUUCUGGCACAAUGAGUUCUUGGAAUGGGACCCUGAUGAAUGCCAGGGAGUCACCAGGAUUUCUCUCCCUGUGAAGGAGCUGUGGACUCCAGACAUCAUUGUUUAUGAGUUCGUGGACGACGACGUCUCCCAGGCCUGUCCAUACGUUUAUGUCAACCACACAGGUCACAUUCGCUGGGACAGGAUGCUGCGUCUCGUCUCGGCCUGCAACCUGGAGAUCUUCAGUUUUCCUUUCGACGUGCAGAACUGCACGUUUACAUUUGGCUCUUACAUGCACACCAUACGUGAUGUGAGGCUCAGUCCAGCCCUGUCCUUCAGUGAGAUGUCGAGAAACUCAAAGAAAUACCUGGAAGCCAGUGGAGAGUGGGAGCUGGUGGACAUUGUGGGAGAAUCUUCCAUUCUGCAGUUUGGGAUAGACGAGUGGGACAUCAUCACCUUCUGGGUGGUGAUAAGGCGGAGUCCGGUGCUCUAUGUGGUCAACCUGCUGAUCCCCAGCUCCUUCCUCAUGCUGAUCGACAUCCUGUCCUUCUACCUGCCCCCUCACAGCGUCGACCGUGCCUCCUUCAAAAUGACUCUCAUCCUGGGUUACACCGUCUUCCUGCUCAUCAUGAACGACCUGCUGCCCAGCACAGCCAAUGGCACUCCCAUCAUUGGUAUCUAUUUCUCAGUGUGUCUGGCUCUCAUGGUCAUUAGUCUUCUGGAGACGGUCAUCAUUACCAACGUCCUUCAUCACAGCUCCAUGAAGUAUCAGAAAAUUCCAAACUGGGUUCGAGUUGUUAUCCUCAAGCAUAUAGCCAACCUGAUCUGUUACCGCUGGCCUGAAGAUGUCCGUCUGCCUGAUAAAACACAAGAGGAUAAACCUGAGAGCCCAAACGGCACCACGGGCCCAUGGGUCGUCCAACCAGUCAACCAAGGCCCUGACAGGCACACAGCCUGCAAUGGAGCUUAUCAGACAAUUUCUGUGCCGGAGCUGCAGCAGAUCUGCCAGUAUCUGAGGGAUCUUCGUUCUCACCUUAUCUCCAUGCAGAAGGAGAACGAGCUGCAGGACCAGUGGUGUCACGUGGGAUACGUCCUCGACCACCUGCUCUUCCGUAUCUACCUGCUGCUGAUCACCUGCUACGCCAUGGUCAUCAUCACCAUGUGGUGCAUCUGGAUCAGCCAGAGCUAA